CUGGCACAUACUCCCAAUCAUCUGGUCCCUGGCUACAUGUAGAGAUAUCAUGCCGUGGAUGAUCUCGCAAUGUUUUGACCAAGGGCUCCUGCAAGAUCUUCAUGGCGAGGUUGUGGACGAUCACAAUGGUGUACCACCUAUCCGGCUCAACGUCCCAUCGAGCUUUUGGGAUGGUAACGGGUCGAUGUUGCUGAGUCGUAAGAAAUCGUGGCCCUCCAACUCCAAACACGAACAAGUAUGGCGUUACAAGUCGGCUGGUCCUGGACUGAAGAACGAACCUGCUGAAUGGAAUAAUUUGGAAGAGGUGGCCCCUUGGUCCAAGACGUGGACAGACUCGCACGGACUGACGAUUAUGCCAGUGGUGUUUGAGAUGAAGGCCAGCUUCAUCCACGGCUUGAUAUGCAUGCAAUUCGUGCUCCACGACGAGACGAUCCAAUUAAUGAGACACUUAGAGCGGUUGUAUUGGGCUCUAGGCGUCCAAGACUACACUCAGUUAGAAGAUUUGUUGAAGUAUGAGAAGGAGAUUUCUGAAGUUGUACCGGAAUUCUCGAGGACACGGAAUUAUUAUGGCGCAUUCAUGAUGGAUGGCCAGGAAUACUUGGUCGAUAUAUGUUAAUGGUGAAUGGGUGCUGAAGGAAAGAAAAUGGGGUAUCAUUACUGCGACAUCGUUAAGCAAGUCAUCCAGUCAAGCCUUCG